AUGGUCACACCCGCAGAUCACAUCAGAGAGCUCCGCCUCACCAACAAGUAUCUCAGAACCAAGAACGGAUUCCUCAAGGAAGAAAACAAGAACCUCAUGGACGAGAACGAAAACCUCAAGGCAAACAUCGACAUGCUGAAGAAUGAGGUCGCCAAAGACCAGGCCGUCGCUACCGCUGCUGGAAACAACAAGCUCCUCAAGGCUAGAAUCAAGCAACUCGAGGACUACAACAAGGAGCUUGAGGAGGAGGUCAAGCAUCUUCGUCAACAGCUCGACUACCACAUCCAGCAGAAGAAGAUCGCCAAUGAUCUUUCUGUCUUGAAGAACUAUGCAUAUGAUAUCGAUGCGCAGAUCAAGAAGGCUGAGAAGGAGAUGGUGCUGUUCAACGAGUUGGGCAGCCACAUGAAGGCUCUU